AUGAAUAUUAGGCCGGAAGAGCGUUUUAUAGAAUAUCCAAAGUUACAAGACCUUAUAAAAUAUAAAGACGAAUUAAUAAUAAAGAGAAAUCACCCGCCUGUAUAUUUAAAGGAAGAUCUCCGAACAUUCGAUUUAACAAAACUCGGGAAAUUCGAUGUUAUAAUAAUCGAUCCUCCAUGGAAAGAAUAUGAAGAAAGAGUAUUAGGACUUCCUAUAUAUAGCCAAUAACCCGAAAAAUUUUCAUCUUGGGAUUUAAAUGAAAUAGCGUCUUUACCAAUAGACGAAAUUUCUGAAAAACCAAGUUUUCUUUUCCUUUGGGUGGGUUCUGACCAUUUAGAUCAGGGAAGAGAGUUAUUUAAAAAAUGGGGUUAUAAAAGAUGCGAGGAUAUAGUUUGGGUGAAAACUAAUAAAGAUAAAACUAAGGAAAAUACUGAUACAUGUCAUUCAAACAUAUUAAUGAGAGUAAAGGAACAUUGUCUCGUGGGAUUAAGAGGAGAUGUUAAAAGGGCAUCAGAUUCACAUUUUAUACAUGCGAAUAUAGAUACAGAUGUUAUUGUAAGUGAAGAACCACCUUUAGGGAGUACAUAAAAACCAUAAGAACUUUAUGAUAUUAUUGAAAGGUUUUGCUUAGGAAGGAAAAGGUUAGAAUUAUUUGGAGAAAUACAUAAUAUUAGAUAAGGAUGGCUAACAAUUGGAAACCUAUUGGAUGAAAGCAAUUUUAAUAUAGAUGAGUAUAAUUCAUGGUUUGAAGGAGAUGUUUUUUAUCCGUAAGUGCAGAAUUUUAAAGGAGGAAGAUAUGUUGGAACAACACCGGAAAUAGAAUAGUUAAGGCCUAAAUCACCAAGUAAAUGUACAUAAUAAAAUCAAGGAAUGGGAUAAUAAUAAAUAAUUAAUAAUAAUAAUAAUAAUGUAAUAAAAAUAAAUAUAUAAAUUUAAAUAUAUAAACAUAUAUAUAUAUAUUUAUAUAUAUAUAUAUAUUUAUAUUUUAUUUUUAUUUUUAUUUUUAAAUAAUAUUUAUAGAUUUAAUAAGAUUAUGAUUAAUACGGAAUAUAAAAAUAAUAAAAACUGAAUAACUAAUAAUAUUGA